CUGCCUCCCUCUAGCUGCCAUCUUGCGUCCCCGCGUGUGUGCGCUUAUUCUCAGCUGGUCUGCCCUAGACCCCCUGAGCGUCAGCCCUAGUCCCCCGCGCGGCCCCGUUUCCUCUCCAACAAGGUACAAAAAGGCUGUGGACGCCGGCGUGGGAGGAGGACGGGAUCGGGGGCGGGCAGUGCCCGGAAGGAGCGAGACAGGGAGGGACAGGGCUGAGGAGAGGAAGGCGAUGCGACGGACAGGCGCACCCACUCAGGCUGACUCUCGGGGUCGAGGUCGAGCCAGGGGCGGCUGCCCUGGGGGCGAGGCGACGCCGUCUCUUCCUCCACCUCGCGGCGGAACCAGAGGACAGGAGCCUCAGAUGAAAGAGACUAUCAUGAACCAAGAGAAACUCGCCAAACUGCAGGCUCAAGUGCGCAUUGGUGGGAAAGGAACUGCUCGUAGAAAGAAGAAGGUGGUUCACAGAACAGCUACAGCAGAUGAUAAAAAACUUCAGUUCUCCUUAAAGAAGUUAGGGGUAAACAAUAUCUCUGGUAUUGAAGAGGUAAAUAUGUUUACAAACCAAGGAACAGUGAUCCACUUCAACAACCCUAAAGUUCAGGCAUCUCUGGCAGCGAACACUUUCACCAUUACAGGCCAUGCUGAGACCAAGCAGCUGACAGAAAUGCUACCCAGCAUCUUAAACCAGCUUGGUGCAGACAGUCUGACUAGUUUAAGGAGACUGGCUGAAGCUCUGCCCAAACAAUCUGUGGAUGGAAAAGCGCCACUUGCUACUGGAGAGGAUGAUGAUGAUGAAGUUCCAGGUAGGCAUCUUCACUUGUGGUUAAACUGGGGAAUCUCAGCAAAGGAGGAUAAAGAAUCUUUAUUCUAUAGGGAAGACUACCUGAGGGAGGUGGUACAGAGUAAAGCAGGGAAGGGAGACUUGAACCUCACUCAGAAUGAGAAAAGUGGUGUGCUGAUAUUUCACUGGGAGUCGUGUUUGUAGGUUUGGUUUUUUUCU